CAAAUAUCAUACUAUAACAAUCAUUCAAAAUUUAUUACUACUCCGAAUCACGCCGCCAAAUCCAAAAAAUCCCAAACCAGAUACGUCGCCGGAAUAUGCGUCGGAGCCAGCAAGUAUACGACCCAGUGCUGGUUUCCAUCGGGCCCUACCACCACGGCAAACCCGGACUCCGUCGCGCCGAGGAAUUCAAGCACCACUGCCUGGACCGAUGCCCCGGCGGAGAUGAGAAGAAGAAGGCCUUCUUCUCCUCCAAGAUUCUGGAGGAAGCCGCCGCCAUCAGAGACAGCUACGCGGAGGGGAAGAUCGUGGAGAAAUACGACGACAAAUCUCUAGCGUUGAUGAUGCUUUUGGACGCAAGCAUCAUCAUAGACUUCAUCCACAACUACUUGGGGUUGCCAGGAAACAGCUUCUCCGACUGGCAGCAAUGCCUCGGCGCCGGAUCCGGGCCGUUGAUGGUCCGCGACAUCCUGCUCAUGGAGAAUCAGAUCCCCUUACAGGUCUUGCAACUGUUUAUCACCUUGCAGUACGAGAAAGGAGAAGCUGCUUCGUUUCUCCCACGUCUUUUCUCUAUGUUUUUAUCCUACAAAAGGCGUAUAGUAGAUGUAGACCUCAAGAACGCUGAGAUCCUUCAAGAAAUUGGGGAUCCUAAAAUUCACUUCCUCGAAGCUUUUCGAAGAGUUAUAGUGAUGAAGAAUAAGAAGAAGAUUAAAGAGGAAGACAGAGUUAUGUCUGUGUAUAGCUCAAUUAGUAAGAGCAUGUGAUAGAAAUCCAUGGGUUCCAUCUUAAAAUCAAUUGAUGAUAAGAGGAGAGGCCCAUGAGGCUUAUAUACUGGAUUAAGUUCUUUAUGUACACCGAUGUGAGAUAUUAUUAUAUUCA